AUGCAGCUCUUCGCGCUCCUCGUCGGCGUCCUCUCCGCCGCAACCGCAGUCUCUGCGGACGACGCCAAAACAACGACAAUCGGCUACUUCGGCGCCGACGUCUUCACCGUCGAAAUCCCCCGCUACGACAGCACCGCCGCCAGCGUCGCCGGCAUCAACGCCCUGGCCACCACCUACCACAUCAAGUGUCUCGACGGCGCCCCCAAGUCCGACUGCCAGAUCGCGACCCCCUGGACCAUGAUCCAGGGCGAGUCGACCUUCAGCCUCACCGGCGUCUACACCUACGGCACCACCGCCACGGCCGCCGUCACCGCCACCCGCGACAUCAACUGCGCUUUCUCCUCGUACUCCGUGUCGGCUAGCUGCUCCUUCAGCUUCGCGGCCACCGGCUCGUGGGACGCCACCGCGUACUCGACCUCGACCUCGUCCUCGACAAAGAACAUCCCCACCGAGUCCGUGACGUUCUAUGAGUUGGAGGUCACCGGCGGCGUGGACUCGUUCACAGCCCCCGCGGCGACCAAGACCCCUGAUGCGGCUGCUGCGCUGCCCGCGGCACAGCCGCUGAUUACGGCCGCGCCGAUUGGGGCGGCGGCGGCUCUGGCUGUCGCGGCCAUGUUUUAG